AUGCCUGAAGAGACCUUUUCUCAAUCACCCACUAACAUCUCUCUCUUUCUGUCUCUAAUCUCUCAUUCUCUCCCCUUUUAUUAUCCUUUUCUCUCUCUCUCUUUCUCUAACCUUCCUAUCUAUCCAUCUACUCUCUCUCCUGCUCUUUUGAUAUCUUUUUCAAUUCUCUCUGCUCUCUUUCUAUCUCUCUCAACUCUCUUUCUUCCCCCCUCUCUCUCUGCUUUCUUGCUAUCUCUCUCUCUCUACUCUCUUGUUAUCACUCUCUCUUCUCUUUCUUUAUCUCUCUCUGCUUUCUUUUUAUCUCUCUCUCUCUCUCUCUACUCUCUUGUUAUCAUUCUCUUUCUUUCUCACCUUUCUCUCUGCUCUCUUGCCAUCUCUACUCUCAUUUUCUCUCUCCCCUCUCUUUCUCCCUCCCUCCUUUCGUUUUUAUUUGCUCUUUUCCUUUCCCCUUUUAAUCCCUCCUUUCUCUAUCUCUCGCUGCUUUCUCUUUUUUUCUCACUGCUCUUUUUCUUUCUGCUCUCUCACUCGCUCUCUCUCUGCAUUCUCUUUUCUCUUCCUCAUUCUUUUUUUUCUCUCUUUCUCACUCCCUUUCUUUGCGCUCAAUCCCUAAACGAAUACUUUUACAUUGCUUUUGAUAUUGAGAUGUUAAAUCAAGCGAUCACUUUUACCACUUAA